UUAAAUGAUGUGGUGACGGUUUACUACUAUAGUUUAAUUUCAAUUUAGUUUUAUUUUUUUGUAAUUAUAUUGUGAUUUGAUAUUUUACAAAAAUGAGGUAUACUCUUGGAUAUACCGCCGCUGUUUUAAGCACAUCCGUUAUUACCAUUUUGAGUUUGUACUAUAUGCUAAAUGGAAAGGGAGAACAAAUUAGUCUUGCUUGGUUCUUGGAGAGUACCUCCCCAUAUAUGUGGGCAUCUUUGGGAAUAGGUUUGGCCGUAUCUUUGUCUGUAGUUGGGGCUGCUGUUGGAAUUCAUGCUACUGGAGUUAGUAUUGUUGGUGCCGGUGUCAAAGCACCAAGGAUUAAGACCAAAAAUUUGAUUUCAAUUAUUUUCUGCGAAGCUGUAGCCAUCUACGGAUUGAUCACAGCCAUCGUCCUGUCGAGUUCGUUUGAAGAGUACAACGCCAUUCAGUGGGCAGACAGUGAGACUUAUAGACAAAAGAAUUAUAUGGGAUCUCACAUCAUUUUCGGAGGUGGUUUGACCGUUGGAUUCGUAAAUCUUUUCUGUGGAUUGUGCGUGGGUAUUGUGGGCUCGGGAGCUGCCAUCGCCGAUGCGGCCAAUUCCUCGCUUUUCGUCAAAAUUUUGAUCAUCGAAAUCUUUGGCAGUGCCAUUGGUCUCUUUGGUCUGAUCGUCGGUGUUUAUUUGACCUCGAAGGGAGGAAUGGGAUCGUAAGAAGUUUGUCUUCUAUGUUGAUUUAGAAAGUACCAUAAUUAGAUUGUUUCAUAAAAGUUACAAAAACGUUCUUAAUAAGAAUAAUACUUAAAUGUUACCCCAUAUUUAUUGACUCAUUGUUAACGCGGUGUAUAGAAUAUCUUGUACAAUAUAUUAAUGUUAGUUA